UGAAUUAUAAAUGUGUUAAGAUUUAUCAAUUUGAGCAGGUAACUAGCUAAUUAGUGAAUAAGAAAUGUCCAACAAGUAGAAAUUACCAAUCUUCCUUCAUUGUCAUGUAAAAACAUUGGUAAGAUUGAUAUUGGAAUUACAAUUUCGUGCUCUGUGAUUCUGAUUUAAAUAUUGUCAAGUGGUGAUUACUAUCACUACGUACUUACAAGGUAAUUAAUUAAUUAUUUGUCAAUUUUUCGUCGAUUAAUGACAGUGUCAACAAUACAACGAAUCUUCAGUAUCAGCAUGAGCUGUAACAGAUGGAGCCUUGGAUUACGUGCAGCAGUCGUGGUUCAUGAACACUAUACUGAAACUACUCGUCCCCUGUAGAUUAGCAUUACAAGUACAGCAGCGUGCUACCAGACUCCUUCCUGGACUGCUCCACCGCGUUCCCCCAAACCUUACAUAUGUUGGUACCAGAACUAUGGCACAGCGCAGUAUCACAUCGUUUUUCAAAGCAACACCCCCCAAGCCAGUGGUGAAAGAAGAAAAAUCAGAUCAAGAUAAUGGAAUAGUGAAUGGUGAUAAUUCCCCAGGCAGCCCAGAGAAUGGCAAGACUAAGAGACCUCGUCUAGAGAGCAGUGAUAGUGACUUGUCACCAAAGAAACAGCAGAGCCCUGCAGAUAGCAAGCACAAGAAGAAGAGAGUAAAGCGUCAGCGCAUUGAAAGCUCAGGGAGUGAAGCAGAGGUGUCACUUGAAAAGGAUGUAUUAGUAGCAAACAUUAUGCCAGACACCAGCCCCUCACCAGACAAGCCACAGAUCAAGGUGGAAAAGCAAUCACCAAAAACAUAUCAAUCACCUAAAAGUAAGAAGAAGAAAAUACUUACAGAACUCAAUAAUAUCAAGAAGAGUCCCUCACCUAAGAAAAUUAAGAAAGAGACUUCCAAAGAGGAGGCCAAACGUAAGAGUACAGGGAAGGAAGACAAGAGUGACGAGAAGAGCAAUGAAGAAACUCUCAGUCCGGAGCAGUUGGUGCCAGAGGCGGAGUACGAGCCCAGCAAGGCGCGCUACCACCCGGUGCGCGACGCGUGCUGGGCGCGCGGCCGGCCCGUGCCGUACCUGGCCCUGGCGCGCACGCUGGAGCUGGUGGAGGCCACGUCCGCGCGCCUCAAGAUCGUGGACACGCUCGCCAACUACCUGCGCUCCGUGCUGGCGCUGACGCCGGAGGACCUGCUGGCCAGCGUGUACCUGUGCCUCAACCAGCUGGCGCCGGCCUACGAGGGCCUGGAGCUGGGCGUGGCGGAGUCCUACCUCAUGAAGGCGGUGGCGGGCAGCACGGGGCGCACGCUGGCGCAGGUGCGCGCGGGCGUGGCGCGGGAGGGCGACCUGGGACGGGUGGCCGAGGCGGCGCGCGCCGCGCAGCGCACCAUGUUCCCCGCGCCGCCGCUCACGCUGCGCGGGGUCUUCGCCGCGCUGCAGGACAUCGCGCGCACCACCGGUCAGGCUUCCAUGAGCAAGAAGAUCAGCAAGAUACAGACACUGUAUGUCGCUUGCAGACACUCUGAGGCCAGAUACCUAAUAAGGUCACUAGAAGGCAAGCUGCGCAUCGGUCUGGCGGAGCAGUCAGUGCUGCAGGCGCUGGCGGUGGCGGUGACGCUGACCCCGCCCGGGCCCGGCGGCGUCACGCAGCUCGACGCCUCGAAGGGCAUGUCGCCUGAACAGUUCAAGGCGCGGGUGGACGCCAACGCGCUGACGAUAAAGUCGACGUACUGCCAGUGCCCGCACUACGGCCGCCUGCUGGGCGCGCUGCUGGACCACGGCGUGGCCGGCCUGCCCCAACAUGUCCGCCUGCAGCCCGGGAUACCGCUCAAACCCAUGCUGGCGCACCCCAGCAAGAACGUCUCGCAUAUAUUCGACAGGUUCGAGCACGAGCAGUUCACGUGCGAGUGGAAGUACGACGGGGAGCGCGCGCAGAUCCACGUGCCGGCCGGGCCGGGCGCCGCGCCCGACUUACUGCGCGCCGCCGUCUUCAGCAGGAACCAGGAAAACAACACUAGCAAGUACCCGGACAUCCUGCGGCGCCUGCCCGCGCUGCUGAAGGGCUCCGUGACCAGCUGCGUGCUGGACUGCGAGGCCGUCGCCUACGACACCGAGAACAAGCAGAUCCUGCCCUUCCAGGUACUGUCGACCCGCAAGCGCAAGGAGGCGCGCGAGGAGGACAUCCGCGUGCAGGUGUGUGUGUACGUGUUCGACCUGCUCUACCUCAACGGGGACUCCACCGUGCACAGGCCGCUCGCCGAGAGGAGGGAACUGCUCAGGGAACACUUCCAGGAGACGCCAGGCGAAUGGCAGUUUGCGACCAGUCGAGACUGUACCUCAGUGGAGGAGGUGCAGCAGUUCAUGGAGGAGGCUGUGAAGAACUCGUGCGAGGGACUCAUGGUGAAGGCGCUCAGCGGGGACCAGGCGCGGUACGACAUCGCGCGGCGGUCACACAACUGGCUCAAGCUGAAGAAGGACUACCUGGAGGGCGUGGGCGACACGCUGGACCUGGUGGUGAUCGGGGCCUACCUCGGGCGGGGCAAGCGGGCCGGGCUGUACGGCGGCUUCCUGCUGGCCUGCCGCGACGCCGACAGCGAGCAGUUCCAGGCGCUCUGCAAGAUCGGCACCGGCUUCUCCGACGACGCGCUGCGCUCGCUCACCGACGAGCUGCGGCCGCUGGCGCUGGACGCCCCGCGGCCGUACUACGUGAGCGGCGCCGCGCCCGACGUGUGGCUGGACGCCGCCGCCGUGUGGGAGGUGCGCGCCGCCGACCUGUCGCUGUCGCCCGCGCACCGCGCCGCCAUCGGACGCGUCGCGCCCGACAAGGGCAUCUCACUGCGCUUCCCCAGGUUUGUCCGCGCCCGGCCCGACAAGAAGCCGGAGCAGGCGACGACGGCGGCGCAGGUGGCGGACAUGUACCUGGCACAGGACCAGGUGCGGAACUCCGCCGUGGCCGUCAACAACUACGACGACUUCUACUGAACGCGCAAACUCGAAUGUUCUUAAUACAUAAUGUCUAAUAUUGUAAAUAAAAAGAAUGAUCCGAGUAGUUUCCUAUACAUACGAUAUUUCUUAGCUGUUUAAAUAAAUAAAUAAUCAGA